CAUUUUUUUGUUUUAAUCAUAUAAAAAUAUAUAUUAGUAAUUUAAUUCUUUCAAAUCAAGGGUGAAUUAUUUAUCAUCUGUUUAAUGAGUGAAAUUAAUAAUAAAAAUAUAUAAUCAUCAUCAUCAUCAAUACAUAAUUUAUAAACAUCAUCAUUCGUUUCUAAACGACCAUAAUUUCAUAUACAACAUAUAAAUCUUCCAUCAUCAUUAUCGAUUGUUGGCCAACUAACCGAGAUAUAACGUAAGAACGUAAAAACCCAAAAAAAAAAAAAAAAAAUUUACGAAAACAAAAAGUGGCUAAAGUUCAUUGACCAACAUCAAUAAGGCAACAUUUUUUUUCAAAGGCCAAGGCAUAGUCCUUGCAAAUAUAGCAUCGUUAAAAAGUUCCAAUCGAAAAGAUAUAUGCAACAUAUAAAACAUCAAAAAAAAAAAAAAAAAAAAUGUCUGGCAAUAUCAUAAAUUCAAAUUCAUUGGCUAUCACUUUGAUUUUCAUAUCGAUUCAUUUAAUCAUAUUCAUUUCGAUGAACGAAUCGAUGAUCACAUCGGCUGCUCCAAUCGUCGAUGAAUGUCCUGAACAUUCCACAUUCAAUCCAUGCAUGACUAGAUGUCCGGUCACUUGUUCCAAUUUUCAUAGUGGUCCUCCUGAAUGUUUAUCCAUUUGUCAGGUUGGUUGUGAAUGUCAACCUGGUUUCAUAAAGGUCCAAAAUCCAUGGGGACCUUGUGUCAAACGAUACGAAUGUCAACUCUAUACAUUAAACAGCUAUAAUAACAAACAACAACAACAACAGAAAAGGAAUCGUCUAUCUAUGUUUAAUCAGAAAAAAAAGAUGAGCCAAAUCUAUCAAUCAUCACAACAAUCUAAUCAAACUAAAACUCAAACACAAACUCAAACUCAAACUCAGAUCAAUUUGUAAUUUUCAUUUAUUAAUAUAGUCACAUAAAAACAUUGAUUGAAUAUACAAAUAGUAUAUAGGAUUCUGUUCAUGUAAAAUAAAAUUCAUUAUUCAUUUUUUUCA